AUGUCUGAUACAGAAGAAAUUGCUCAUGCAAUUGCUGGAGCAGGAGGUGGAGCUUUAUCAAUGAUUGUAACAUAUCCAUUAGUUACAUUAUCAACAUUAGCACAAACAAAAGCUAAAAAAAAAGAAGAAAUUGAAUCAAAAUUAACAAAAGAACAACAAAUACAACAAGCAAAGGAAAAUUCAAAAUUAUCAAUAAAUGAAAAAAUUUUAAAAUCAAUCAAAACAAAUAGUUCAUAUAUUGCAGCAAAAGAAAUUAUUCAAGAAAAGGGAAUAUUUGGUUUAUAUUCAGGUUUAGAAAGUGCUAUAUAUGGAAUAACAUUAACUAAUUUCAUAUAUUAUUAUUUUUAUGAAUUAACUUCAAAUAUUUUUUUAAAAGCUAAUAAAGUAAGUAAUAAAAGAAAAACCGGUGGAUUAAGUACUUUCCAAUCUAUUAUUACUGGAGCUAUUGCAGGAGCUAUAACAUGUAUUGGAUCUAAUCCAUUUUGGGUUGCAAAUACAAGAAUGAUGACUGAAAAGAAAUCAAAACAAUCUAAUGGAGAACCUGUCAAAUCAAAUUCUACUUUUAGAACUAUAUUAGAUAUUAUUGAACAAGAUGGUAUAUCAACAUUAUUUGCAGGAGUUUUACCUGCUUUAGUAUUAGUUAUAAAUCCAAUAAUUCAAUAUACUAUAUUUGAACAAAUUAAAAAUAUAAUUAUAUUAAAUGGUGGACAAAAAUCAUUUACUGCAAUAAAAGCAUUUUUUAUAGGAGCAUUUGGUAAAUUAAUAGCAACAAGUUUAACUUAUCCAUAUAUUACUUUAAAAUCAAGAAUGCAUAUAAGAAAAAAAAAAUUACAAGAAAUUGAAAAAACUAAUACCACUAAAGAAAAAAAUUUAUCAAUGAUUCAAGAAAUUAAAAAAAUUAUUAAUGAAGAAGGUAUUGAAGGAUUAUAUGGUGGAUUAAUUGUUAAAUUAAUUCAAAGUAUUUCAACUGCUGCUUUUUUAUUUUAUUUUAAAGAAGAAUUAUUAACUGGUAGUAUUAAAUUAGUUGAAAUUAUUAAAUUAUUAAGUUUAAGAAAAAAUAAUAAUAAAGUUGUUUCAUCUUAUAGUAAUUAA